GUUCUGCCAAGAUAGCGGACUAGGCCUACUUGAGCACAUUUCUUUGCGGCAUUUUUUAGCUUUCCAAGUGGUGCGUGAGCGUCUGGUAGGCUAGGCUGUAAGGUAGGUUAACAUAAAUGUAGGUAUAUUUUUAUUCUUUGUUACUAAUUUAUGAAAAGGUCUGUGCCACGGCCACAAUUGUUAAUCUGUAGUCUAUUUAGCCAUCUCAAAAUAUGUUUUCCCACAUUAGGCUUGCCUUCUGGGAGUCAGCAUUUUCUCUGCAUUUAGCCCACAAUGACAAGAUAGAUAAUCAGUAAUGCAAAUAUUUUAAAAUGUAAAUAAUCUUUAAUCCAGGUCAUUUAGUACACUGUUUAAAAGAAAAAAGAUUCUCUAGAUUUAGAGUCGAGGUCCAUCAUGACUACGGAGGUGAAUGGUGUGUGUGGCCAGGCACACUUUGUAGGGAAGCGGAAGGAUCUUGUCCAGGCGAAGCGUUCGGUCAGGACAGUGGACGGCAGAGAACUCAUCAUCAUAUACCACCCAGACACCUUCUACGCACUGGACCUCCACUGCUAUCAUGCGGGAAGCAAACUGGAGCUGGGCGACAUCGAGGAGAUUGACAAGAAGCUGUGCAUCAUUUGCCCCAAGCACAAGUACAAGAUCACACUGGCAGAGGGAGAGGGCCUCUACAGGGCUGCUGACCCACGGCAGGAGAAGCGUAUCUACAAGUGGUACUCCAAGGGCAUCAAGCAGAGGGUCCACAAAGUGACCGAGGAUGGCGGGGAUGUCUUUGUGACCCUGUCGGAUACCACGUGCUAUAUCGAGUCUGACUACUAUUACACCGAAAAGGGCAGGAAGGAUAGGGAAUUGGUGGAUGACAACAAGGGGAUAGACACCAGUGAAGACGACGAGGACUGCUGAUGUCCAUGAGAGUGACCACUCUAGACAGAUCACCUUUCACCCAUGCAAGAGGCUGUUUUUUGCCUCCAUAGACUCCAUAGUUCCUACAUAAAGCAGCAAGUGCACAUACUUGGGACUUCACACAGGAAUUACUAAUUGGUCAGGUCUAGCUCUUUUCAGGUUUACUAGAUUACUGCAUAGCACAGCCAUUCUUUACGGUGUAACAAAACUAUAUAACAUAUAGAACAUAUGUAGUCAUUCUCCUCUCAUAUGGCAUUGUAAUAAAAUACAUUUAAAAGUCCAGCAAUACUUUGUACAAAAAUAUUAGUUGAAACAAAUAAAGAGAAAUGCAUACAUUAGUCCAUUAGCAGCA